AUGGAAGGCACACACCAUAUUCCGCUGACGGUCAAACAUCAGUCCUCCCGCGCCAGAUUUCGUGGAACCAUUUUAACCUCGACCUCCUUCUCCAACUUGCCCUAUCCUCGGAUACCUUCUCGUCGUUCCUCGCUUUCCAUGAGUACAGGUGAUGAUUCAAGCUCAAACGGGUUGGCAACUUCUACCAGAACUCCAUCGCUCACCGAUAGUCUUUACAACAUUCAAGUAGUGAAGGUCCGACAGGACCACGACAAUCAAACUCGCAGUAUCCAAAAGACCAAAUGCCCUGAUAUUAGCGAAGACCCGUUUGUGGACCAGACCCCUCGACGCUGCGCUGCUCUCCGUGAACAGACGGGUAGAGGCGCUCCAAAUCUGAUUGUUCGCUGGAGCUCUGGGUCAUAUGCCUCGGUGGACCCGUGUAUCUCGCCAGAUCCAAACUCCUCCUCGGCAUCCCGGUCUGACAGUAUGGAGCAGCUUCCUCGCCCCGUGUCAAAACAGCAUGAAGCCCGAGUGAACAGUGAUCGACUUUCAGAAAAGAGUUUCGAUUCGAAUCUGAUGUAUCCUUUGGAACUACCUGUGACCUUUGCCAAGAUCAGAUCUUAUGCAGGCAAGCCUUGCCUAGGCGCUGAUUACUCCAGGUCUCUCUGGGUUUCGGUCAAUGUAACUGCCGACGUCAAUCACAUCCCCAUGCCGGAGAAGACCAGACUUGCACCUCUUGAUAUGAUCGUACUUUUUGACUACCCGCAACGACCUUCUGUCGGCCGUUUGACACCAAUGAUGCUUGCAUCUUCGAUCCUGACUUCAAAUCUCAUCUCCAACCAUGACAGGUUGGCCGUUGCAUGUGUGGAUGGGAACACAAGAACUGGAUUUGACCUCUUACUUCCCCUUGGGUUCCAUUCAUACGACACGACAAGAGGUGCAUUCGACAACUUCUUUCUGCGCCAGCUCCAAAAGAAGCAAAGGCCCAGAACCACCCCAGACCUGAGCCAAAUUCUCCGCCAGAUAUCCCACCUGUUCUCCGCCUCUCACCGGGCAACUUUUGGUCAUUUGAUGCUUGUCUCUGCAAAUCCUCCCUCGCCUGAUCCCUUGUUGAUAUCGGGUAUCGACAGAGCUAUCGGGGUUCAUACGCUAUCCCCGCAUUCUCGUUUCCCGUUGGAUACGGAGAAUCACCCACUGGGCUGGCACAUCUCCUACGACGAACACGCAGAAGAUUUACAACACAAAGAAUCUCAUCUCACACGCAAGGUUGCCCAAGUCGUUCGUCAGAUACGCACUGGAACCACUCCGGGGUUCUUGUCAAACCUCAAUCUUUAUAUGGGGCUUGGUCCAGGGUGCCAACUGCUGUCGGCGAACACAAUUGAUUGCUGCCAAUUGGUACGGUUACGACCAGGUGAAACUUGGGUUUCCAAAGUAAAAGUCGGUGUGCCUCAUCUUUACCAGGAGGCUGAAUGGCAGUUCACUGCACAUCCCAUCAUACAAGACCUGAUUUAUCAGCUCAACGAGGUCAUCGGAUUGUAUUCGUCUCAGCAGCUUGUACAGCAUAUUCUCAGUGCUGGUCUAAAAUAUCAGCACUCAUUGCUGCCGGGGCCGCAUGAGACCUAUUUGGAAUCCCAUUGUACCAUUGCUCGAGAGGCAACCUUUUCAUCAUGUUCCUCUUCAGAUGACUCCAACUUGGAGCUCCUUUCUUAUGAAGACGAUGGUAGUAUCAGUGCUAGUUUGGGAUCCUCAAGUGAGGGAAGCUGA